AUGCGCGCGUUCUGGAGAGAUGGGUCUGCAUUCAAUACAGGGACAAUAACGAUGCUGCUGUGCAUUACAGAGAGCGCGGCGCAGCGACUCGUGGGGCAUGAGAGUCGACGCCUAGCAGAAUCCUCAGACAGCUACAACUUCAUGUUCUACUUCGUGAUCGGCGCCAUGAUGCUCACAUGCCUCAUUUACAACAUUUUCUUUAAGCACAAGAUGGAAGCCAAUUUCCUGCGCCAACAGGCACUGCCGGAGACUAUGCUACGACAGGAUGUGAUCGCUAGCGACCAGGACAUGAACAAUCUGUGGGAGUGCGAAGUCUGCUCCUUCAAGAGCUACGACGCUCACACCACCUGCAUGCUUUGCGGUACAGACCGCUCCUUUAAGAUGAUCGAGAAGACAGCCAGGGCGGUCGACGAGUCAACCAGCGAGCACAGCAACGCCCCGUCGUCGGCCUCGUCCAGUACCAAAUACGUUCUCUACAUGGAUGAGAAGGAGAACCCGCUCACUCGCAGUGCAGUCAACAGGGCGACCCCGUCGCGGUCCAUUAGGUCCAAAUCGACGGCCAAAAUUAACAGGGAAUUCUUCAAACGGAAGCUCAGUGUGCUCAAUCUACGACAACAAUCAGCACGACGUCGACACGAGUGGUCUCGUCAACGCAACGACGAUGGAGAGCUGAUCUGGGUCAGGAAGAAGCACUAUAUGGACCGUAAGGCGCUUAAAAGUCUGCGCAAUCUCGACAGUCUACGCAGCCAGUCGUCAGCGUCAUUGCGUGACUCCAUUCUGUCGAAUGGAAGUGUCAACUCGGUCGGAAUUGUGUCUAGGAUUGUCGUGUCGCCCAAGAAUCCAACGGGGAGAUUGUCUCUUGAGGCAGCAGAAGGAGCUUUGGCGACGCGCGGCUCGGACAGCUCGGAGUUUUCACAGGAUGAGCUGGAACAAGUCGGAUCGCUGCCUUUUCAGCAGAAGCACGCGUGGUUUGUACAACAUACAGCAGCUAUGGAGGUGCCAUGGGAAUACGGACACUUGCUGUUGGAAAUUGAACGGGAUAAUUUGCUUCAUAACUCGUGCGAACAAUUACUGUGGGCGACGCCGGAUCAACUGCAUCAAUCGCUUCGAAUCAAGUUUGCGAACGAGCCAGGUGUUGACGCUGGUGGACUGGUGCGGGAGUGGUUUACGCUUAUGACGAAGGAGGUAUUCGACGAUACGACGGGUCUAUUUUACAGAUGCGGAAACGGGGAUGGCCUCAUGAUCAACUCUGCAUCCGCUGAAGCCAGUGUCGACCACCUGAUGUACUACCAAGCUAUCGGCCGCUUCAUCGGAAGAGCACUUUUCGAAGGGAUUCUCAUCGACGCACACCUAGCACUUCCGGUGUGUAAACACAUUCUCGGGAUUCCUAUUACUUUUUCGGACCUUGAAUUCGUGGACAACGACUUGUACAAGAAUUUGAAGUGGUUGCGAGACAACACAGGCGUUGAAUCGUUGGCUUUGGACUUCACGGUUAAUGUUGACCAAAUGUCCGACAAGACGAAGGUGGUGGACUUGGUGCCGAAUGGCUCGAAUAUUCCCGUCACUGACGAGAACAAGAUGGAGUACAUUACUCUGCGCUUCAAGUGGAUCGUCGCAACCAGCAUCUCUCAGCAACUUGGCUCAUUGAUGCAAGGUCUAUUCUCGAUUAUUCCCAAGGAGCUACUCUCGGUUUUUGAUCACCAGGAGUUGGAGCUCUUGAUUUGUGGAAUCCCCGACAUCGACGUGAUGGACUGGAAAACUCACACUAUUUAUGUGGGGGAGCGCGACGAGCGAGCGAUCGCCUGGUUCUGGAAUAUCGUGCAUGAAUUCUCGAACGAGCAGAAGGCGCGUUUGCUGCAGUUCACGACCGGUUCGGCUCGGGUGCCAGUGCAAGGCUUCAAGGCGCUGACCAUGAAUGAUGGACGUAUCUGUCCGUUCGCGAUCCAGUGCGUCAGUGCUGACGAGUGUCUGUAUCCGCGAGCGCACACGUGCUUCAACCGCAUCGACUUGCCCCGGUACGACACCGAAAAGGACUUGCGAAUCGCGUUAUCCCUCGUGAUCCAAAUGGAAGUAACCGGUUUCACUAUCGAGUAA